AUGGCUGUCACAUCCCACUUGAGUCACCUCGCAGUCAUCGACCGCCCAGACUCACGGGUGAGCCUGGCUCGGUCUGAUACGACGUACCAUAGCUUCCAAGACAUCGAUUUGCCCGAGCCCGAGGUCCCAUCCCGCCCCGUUGAGAAGCCUAUUGUCUGUCCACCGCCAGUGUCGUCACAGCCAAAGGAGGAGCCGAGGCCAAUGGCUGGAGAAAUGCGCCGGCAGGACUCAGGCUACGAGUCGAUAGCCCCUCGAGAAUCUCUGUCGUGCCAGCAAAGGACCUCUUCCUCGAACUCACUGUCCUCCUCCGCACGCCAGCGACGCACAAGGCCGCCCAACCAACGGUCCCCGAAGUCCGGCCCGGUGUCACACCGGCCAAGAAAUGGCCGCCACUCCCCGUCUCCUCCCGGCAGCUCCCGCUCCCUCGCAUCACAGCCGCAACAACCAGUCACCUACUUUCACUUCCCCAACUUCACCUCAUCCGACCCCACCCUAGUCGAAUCCGACGCCGCCAUCGCCAGGCAGAACGCGAAGGACUUUUCCUCCACGCCCAGCUUCGCCCUGCAGUGCGAGGCCCCGGCGUACCCGCUGCCGCCGCAGACGACACACUACUGGACCAGCGACCGGACGCGGCGGCUGGAGUACGCGGCCAUCGACGCGGCCAGCAACGGCGUCCGCGGCUGGGUGAUGCGCCAUGUGGUGCCGGACUGUUUCGUGCCGCAGAGCAAGCGGCGGGUCGGGUUCGAGGACGACCGGGGCAGCGUGGUCCGGUACCGGCUGGAGCUCGACACGGAGGAGGCCGUGGAGAAGCCCGACUCGGUGAGGAUCAGGGGCUGGAAGGGGUGGUUCUUCAGCAUGCGCCGUCGUUGA